ACUCACUUGAAUCGGAAGUAACUCACAAAAAAGCACAAAAAACUCAAACAAAAGGGCAGUAUGUAAUUAUACCAGAUGGACAUUGUUUUUCAAAAACUUCCAGUUUUCCAAGCCGUAAAUCAGUUUGUUUCAGCCAAGCCCCAACCAAAGCCCAUAUAUAAUUCCGGCAAUUAAGCAACGAGAAUGGAUAAUGCGAAAUUAACAUAUUGCCGGAUCCAGAAGCUAAUCGAUUUAUAUCCAAAGUAUUUACACACGCAGUUUCGAUGACAAAUUCGUUGGUAUUUCGAGUUGGCGGCGGCGCUAAGCAGCAAAAAAUAAGUAAACGAAGCGAAUCCCAAAGUUCAUAUAAAUUAAAAGUCGCGACCGCGUUUUAAAACGCCUCAAUCGCUGCAGCGUUGCGUCGGUGUCUGGUUUUUCAGCGCGGUCAAACCAAACAUAUGUAUAUACAUAUAUUCGUACAAAAGACCGCCGGCCACAUACAAUAGCAAGUAGCAAAUGGAAUAAUAGAAGUAACAAGAGCGACGGUGACGAAAGCAUUUCGGCGAUAAUGGAACGAUAAAAGAGCCAAACUCAUGCCAUUUCGACUUCUGCAAUGAUAUUUCCCGCAGUCUGGCCGACGAUAGUACACAAAGACAGUCGCGUGCGACCCUCGGAAAAGUCGAAUGCCAAAGCCCCAAUGCCUAGUAUCGCAUAGUAUUUAGUCCACGGCAAACAGAAGAUAGUGCUGGCCCUACACUCGGAGAAACCAGAGUAAUUAGUGGGGACACAAAACCCGUUCACCACCCGCAAACCUGUCGAAAAAAAUUAACAAAAAGUCAAAGCCAAGAGCGAUCUCAACGAGUUAGUCUUCGAUCUGUCUCGAGACCAACGCGACUACCAACAACCAAAUCCGAAGCCGGCGAAACCAGAACCAGCCCAAAGUUCAAAUACGGAGAUUCGUUGGCUCAGUGACUCGGAGAAUCGCAGAUCCGAUCCCCUGGCAAUUCUACGCCUAUAAAGCCCGGCCAACAAAAUGCCGCGUUCGCAUUUCACCCGACGGCAUUGUCUCGCGAUGACGGGCGGACUAAUUGCAUCGGCGGUCAUAAUCUGGUGCGUCGCUCACUCGGCGGUCGAGUCGACGGCCAAGCUCUACGAUCCCGGCGCUGAUAAAUCCACGCUCGAGCUGCUGCAUGUGGUAUUCCGACAUGGACCACGAACGCCGGCGGAUACGUAUCCCAGGGAUCCCUAUGUAAAUGAGACCUACUAUCCCUUUGGCUGGGGACAAAUAACAAAUAAUGGCAAACGCGAGCUGUUCAACAUUGGUACUUGGCUGCGUAAGCGUUAUGGCAAAUUUCUGGCGCCCAACUACAGUCCCGAUUCGGUCCAUGCUCAGGCGACGGGAGUUCCGCGGACCCACAUGACCAUGCAGACCGUUCUGGCCGCCUUCUUCCCGCCCAAAGGCACCGACAUGGAGUGGAAUAGCCGGUUUAAUUGGCAGCCCAUACCUGUCUUCUCCCAGGAACUCAAUGAGGAUACGCUUCUGUUGGUGCGGAAACCAUGUCCGCGAUAUUUUGAGGCCCUCAACGAGGUCUACGAGUUGCCCGAGGUGAAAGCGGAAAUCGAACCGUAUCUGGAGAUGUUCAAAGAGCUGGAAGAGCACACGGGUCUGAGCUUUAAGGAACCUGAGGACGUGCAGUCCCUCUACUUGACUCUGCUCGCCGAACAGGAGUGGGGUCUGGAGUUGCCAGAAUGGACGCACGCAUACUUCCCGGAGAGGCUUCAGUUCCUCGCCGAACAGAGCUACAUCUACAACGUGUACACGCCCGAGAUGCAGAAGAUCAAGGGCGGACCCUUCCUCAAGAAAAUGCUCGAUGAGAUGCAGCAGAAGAAGAACGGAACCCUGAAACCCAGUGGCAGGAAGCUCUUCAUCUACGCUGGUCACGACUCGACGGUGGUGAACGUUCUUUCCGCCCUGAAGAUCUGGGAACGCCAGAUGCCUCGCUACUCCUCGAUGAUCCUGUUUGAGCUGCACAAAAACAAGGAGACCGGCGACUAUUGGGUGGAGAUCUACUUCCGCAACGAUCCCAAGGGCCAGGCUCAGAAGCUCACUCUGCCAGGAUGCGAGUUCCAGUGCCCCCUGGACAAGGUGCUCGAAUUCGCCAAGGACGUUGUUCCCACGGAAGCGGAUGACAAGCGUUGCGAGUCUCGAAACGAAGCCUUCACAGAACCACCUCUCCGAGGUCCUUAAGAACCGCAAUAUGGUGGAUAUAGAAAAUCGUUGUGGUGCUACACUUCUCAGGGAAUGGGACUGUCCAAAGUCCUUGAACAGCAGUAAUACAUUAGUUAGGUCCAUAGUUUAGCAUAAGCCGAAUAAAAGUGCGUUUAACAUUUGUCUGUCACUCUUAUGAGAGUUUUUUUUUAAGUUUUCAAGGAUUCGGUUGGUCUUAAGUGUUUAAAUACCAGAUUCGAUAAUUAUUAUAAUGUAAGGACUGGAAAACAAUGACAGAAAUGACAGCUAGUGAGAAUUAGAUUGAGUUUAUAUAGUUUUAAAAAGUACAUUUUUAGAUUACGGUUACACAUUUUUUAAUCUAGAUAGAUUUACCAAUAAAAAAUACAGAUUACAAAUUUA